AUGGCGGCAGCGGGUGUGUGUGCAACGGGACAGACUGGCGUGCGAUCGAAAGAGGAUGUGAGGACGGAUGGAGUGAGAGGCGAAAGAAAGCGUCAAAGCUGA